CCUCGUCUCAAUCACGGUUCGCGAAAACCGAACACUGACGCAAUGCGGUCCAGUCUGACGUUUGGCGGUAGCUCUAUGGCUUCCAAUUCCAACCCGGCGCAACGCCCUAACCCCUUGAGACCUGUCCGCUCCUUCCGAGUGGAACGUUCUCCCUCUCCCGAGCCGACAACUCGACCGAAGCGAGCCAGCACGUUCGAGGCCGGACCUCUGCCUGCUAGCUCCUCCGUCCGAACUGCCUCUGGCAGCCAUGUACCGCAGGGCGAUGGGCACGAGCCGCCGGAUACCUUUGUCAGUCGAAUUAGCGAGGAGGCGAUUGAGCCUCCCAGAGCAUCUGUCGACUUGGAGGACCUCCCCAUUGAGCUCAUCAGCCUGACGGACCGCUUCAUCGACUCGCUUUCAGCCAAGGUGCAUCCCACUCCGCCCAAUAUCGACAACCUUUCCCGCCUGUUCCAAGAGUUCUACGCCACAGCCUCGUCGCAUAUCCAGACCCAUGUCGAAACCCUGGCCACCCUCCAGAAGCGUGAAGACGCCCCGCCUCCGUCAAGUCGCGCCUCGGCCGCAAGUCUCUUGCGCGCAAAGGCCGCCUCGCUCGGCAGCAAAGAGAAGCCCAAGGCUAGCCCCUCCAAACCGGACUCAGACCAGCAGCUAUUGACGGCCGAAGAAUACGCAAGCCGGAAGAAGGCGAGGAGGGCAUUGGAACAGAAGAAGUCGCUUCUGGAGGAGGCGGUGGAAAGGAGGUUAUGUGAGGGCAUCUACAGCAAGAUCUACCGCCACCGCAGCACACAGGACGAGGCGCAGGACGCGAAGCUCCGGUCUAAAACCGCGGCUCUGGCCGUCGUAGGCAUCGGCCCGGUGGAUCUUGGCGUCGAACUCGGCACCGCACCCAACGACCCUGAAACGACCGCCAGGAAACAAGAGGAAGUCAAGGAAUGGCUAGAGCAGGCGAGGAAGGAACUGGUCCUGAUGAGUCAGUCAAAGUACCCCUUGGGAAAGCUGAACCACCUUAAGGCGGCCCACAAGAAUAUCAUCGACACGCUCUCUCACUUCCACCCCUCCUCGUCCGCCGACGAGCUGAUGCCCAUGCUCAUCUACACGCUCAUCACGAUGCCGCCGGAGCAUCUCAGCGUCAUUAGCGACCUCAACUUUAUCCAGCGCUUCCGCUGGGGCUUGAAGCUCACAGGCGAGGCAGCAUAUUGUAUCACCACGCUUGAAGCUACCAUAUCCUUCCUCGAGACCGUCGACCUCUCCACUCUCCGCGCCGAUGAAACGCCCACCGGGCCGCUCAAGAACCCCGGGUCCUCUCCCGCACAGAAGGAAGACACCUUCCCUCCAGCAUUUUCACCCACAUCCUCCGGCCCAGCAGCAAUCAGCUCCAACCCCUCUUCCCAAAGCGCCUCCUCCAGCUUCAAUGCCGCCUUGAAACAGUCCCAGUCCCCCAGCCCAGCCGGCUUUCGGGCGACGGUCAACGAGCUUCGGGCACGCCGCCUCAGCGAUCUAGUCCGCAACACCCCGACCCCGGCACAAACCUUUGGUGCGGCUUCCGACGCGGUGCUCAACACGGCCGACCAAAGCCUCAAAACAAUAGGCGCCUCGCUCGGCGAGAGCUACAAAUUUCUCCUCGGAAAACUUCGCGAACGGGCUCCCGACGCCUUGCUCAAAGACGAUGGCGGCGCAGUCAUUGUGCCAAAAACCCUUGAGGAUGCCCGCAAGCUGAUCGGCACACCUCCCCUUCCGGGCCCGGAGGAGGACGCGACACGGACCCCCCAGCUCUCGCUGAGGAGCCCGAGCCCGGAGCCGGAAUCCGAGCGCCCGCCGCUGUUGAGUUUCAUCUCAGGUACGGCGCGCAAAGUGUCGCGCGACCAUAGUGCGGACUCGGCUCGCAGCGCGGGGUCGUCAUCACGCAGGGGCGGCUGCAGCAGCGAAGCAGACCAUCACCCCUCGGCGUCCUCCACGACGCAGGUCACCGCCACGGGAUCGAGCCCCGUCAUUACGAGCCCGCCCAUCAUCGACUCGAUGCGCAGCCUGGGAAACUCGCUGAACCCCAUGGCGAGGCUCUCCGCGGGCAUCGGGGGGUUUAGGGGGUUUGGGCGUUCGAGUGCCGCUGCCAACACCGCCGUUGCCGCGUCUGCUGCGGCGGGAGCGCCGACACCGCCUGCGAAGGACGGGCAUGGGGUUGGGCGGGAUGGGGGAGAUCUGGCUACGGCCUUCCCGGACCUUGCGGCUGUCCUGCCGCCGAGGGAACAACCCAAGAUCAGCCCGCCGAAUAAGCGCUUCUUGGAGCUACAAAACGCGGCAGAUCUGAAGCUGGGCGAGGUCUUUGAACUGUUGAAGGACUACAAGCGGCUGGCCGGGGCGCUCAAGGACAUGGGCGCCUUCAAGGAGUAGGCUGGUCUUCUCUUUGAUUAUGAGACCUUUUCGUUUCGACUUCCCUCCGGUGGUCAAUGUGCCGGGCCUCCAUCAAACGUUCACGUUUCGU